UAGCGUCCUCUAGGGAGACGUCAGGAGUGACAAACUCAGUAGUUCAUUCUAGCACGUUCUAGAACUCGUUGCGGAGUGAAUAAAAUCGCGACGGCGUGAUAAGCCGUUUUUGGUAUCGCUGCCGUAUAUUGCGAUUAAAAUGCCAAAACUCGAGGAGUUGGAGCAGGACCUCGUGGAGCUGCGUGCUCUUGAGGCAAGUGCCCAGCGCAGUCGGGUGCAGCAGAUCCUGUCCAUUGAGAUUCGCAAGCUUGAGACGGAACUGAUCCGUGAGCGGGACCAGGUAGCAGCUGCCACAGCUCCCCAUGCAGAAGCCAGGCAUGCCACCUCACAGCAGUCGCGCAAUACCACUUUCACAACCAAGAUCACAGACUAUGCUUGGGACCAGUCGGACAAGUUUGUCAAGCUGUAUAUAACGCUGCCCGGAGUGCAUGAACUGCCCCCAGAGAACAUCAAAUCUGUAUUUGGCACACGGCGGUUAGAACUCGAGGUCAGUUCACUGGCUGGUCGGAAUCAUCAGCUGCUCAUCACCAGCCUCAUGAAGGACAUUGUUCCCGACUCCAGCUAUCACAAGGUAAAGACCGACAUGGUGGCAGUGUUCCUACGAAAGACAUCCGCAGACAAGUGGUCGGACAUCAAUGAACUCGAGAAAAAGGCGAAGGAAGCAAAGGUUCCAAAGCCGGAUGUAGUAGAUGGCAGCGACCCGGGCUCAUCACUGAUGAAUAUGAUGAAGCAGUUGUAUGACGAAGGUGACGAUGAAAUGAAGCGCACAAUAGCAAAAGCGUGGACAGAAGCGCGGGAAAAGCAGCAGGAAACUGGGGAGGGCCUUUAGAUGGCGACACUGUGGCAGGAGUCCCACUGUUGUGGAGAAAGUGAAGGGGCUGUGUCUGUCACUGAAAGAACGGUGCAUUGGACAGACUAGCUGGUCAGGCUAGACUGUGCCAUUCCUCGAGCAGUUGACAAGCAAAGUGCUUCCCAGAAGACUAGGCAAGCUUUCACUAUAUGCGGUUUCGGUUCCCCAUAUAAAUCGGUUCUGUUAAUGACAUGUGAAGCCUCGCGAUGCAUUCAAUGACAAAGGCUUGUUUUCUGCCUGCUCUGAAGAGCCAUGGUGUCCAGUGAGCAAGCAUAGCGAACUGGAGGGAUUACCUGUAGUUGACAGUGGCACUUUGCUCGAAGCUAAUGUGGCAAUAGGCGGCCAUUUGUGAAGAGUCUGUUCCGGGUACAGUUCUCAAAUCUUCAGCUGUCCUGUGUGGUUGGAGUGAAAAAUGUUCAUAAUAAAUGUACAUAAAUUUUCA